CCCGCGCGCGCGCGCGCUCCGUCACCCGCGCCCGCCUCAGUCCGCGGCUCGGCGCCCGGGAUCUGCGGGCCCAGCGGGCUCUCGGCGGUGCGACUCGCGAGCGGAGCAGGCAGCUCUGGACAAGCGGCUGCGCGCCCGGCUGGGUUGGGGACGGCCGCUGGGUGCCGGCGAGCCGAGCUGGCGGAUUGCAGCGGAAAAGCAAAGAUGUCACAGUGGAUCCUUUGCCUCCAGGACCCAUGAAGGGGAGAAUAAGAUCUUUGGCUGGUUGGAACUAGCCUAAGACUGUCAGGCAGCCAUGGAUCUGGCAUAUGAACUACUCAAUGGGACCCAACCUUGGCUUUCCUCUCCAUUCGACCUCAAUGGCUCCGUGGCUACAGCCAACAUUUCAAACCAAACAGAGCCAUACUAUGACCUGACCAGCAAUGCAGUCCUCACCUUCAUAUAUUUUGUGGUCUGCAUCGUUGGGUUGUGUGGCAACACACUUGUCAUUUAUGUCAUCCUCCGCUAUGCCAAGAUGAAGACCAUCACCAACAUUUACAUCCUCAACCUGGCCAUCGCAGACGAACUCUUCAUGCUGGGUCUGCCCUUCCUGGCCAUGCAGGUGGCUCUGGUCCACUGGCCCUUUGGCAAGGCCAUCUGCCGGGUGGUCAUGACUGUGGAUGGCAUCAAUCAGUUCACCAGCAUCUUCUGCUUGACAGUCAUGAGCAUUGACCGAUACCUGGCUGUGGUCCACCCCAUCAAGUCGGCCAAGUGGAGGAGACCCCGGACAGCCAAGAUGAUCAACGUGGCUGUGUGGGGGGUCUCUCUGCUGGUCAUCUUGCCUAUCAUGAUAUAUGCUGGCCUUCGGAGCAACCAAUGGGGGAGAAGCAGCUGCACCAUCAACUGGCCAGGCGAAUCUGGGGCAUGGUACACAGGCUUCAUCAUCUACGCCUUCAUCUUGGGGUUCCUGGUGCCCCUCACCAUCAUCUGUCUUUGCUACCUGUUCAUUAUCAUCAAGGUGAAGUCCUCUGGAAUCCGAGUGGGUUCCUCCAAGAGGAAAAAGUCUGAGAAGAAGGUCACCCGGAUGGUGUCCAUUGUGGUGGCUGUCUUCAUUUUCUGCUGGCUCCCCUUCUACAUCUUCAAUGUCUCUUCGGUGUCUGUGGCCAUCAGUCCCACCCCGGCUCUUAAGGGCAUGUUUGACUUUGUGGUGGUCCUCACCUAUGCUAACAGCUGUGCCAACCCUAUCCUGUAUGCCUUCUUGUCUGACAACUUCAAGAAGAGCUUCCAGAAUGUCCUCUGCCUGGUCAAGGUGAGCGGCACAGACGACGGGGAACGAAGUGACAGUAAGCAGGACAAAUCCCGGCUGAAUGAGACCACGGAGACCCAGAGGACCCUCCUCAAUGGAGACCUCCAGACCAGUAUCUGAACUGCCUGAAAAAUCAAUCAAUCAAACGCCAAGCUCUGCCAACCGGCCGUGUGCUCCCCACCCCACCCCCUUUCCCUCCCUCACCCAUCACCUGGCUUCUAGAAUACGGAAUUGCUCAGCAUGAGUCCACUUCAGAGAAUGGCAUUUGAGUCGGUUUGUCUGAGUGAAUGAUAAUGUAUUAAAUUGAUUACCUCCCCCUUAAAGUGAACAUUUAAAUGCAGGCAGACAAUUCAGAGUCUGGAGAGGUGAUCUUUGGAGACGCUGAAGUUCAACAAAAAGAGAAAACCCUAUCUGUGUGUUUGUGUGUUUAAAACCCAAUAUGUAAUCUUGUGGUCUUAUAUUUAUACUUGCCUGUUCCUAUCUAGUCCCUGUAUAGUCAUGACCUACGUUUCCCGAGUUCAUGUACACAAGUAGCAAGUUCAAACGUGCAUAGUAUAGGUGGACGUUUAUUUCAAUAUGGUACCCGCAGGAAUGGACUUACCAUGAAGCCAAUAAA